GCGGCCCAAUCUCGCCUCGCCAAACCGGACAAGUGGCGACAUGGCCAAAAGAAAACGCAGUGCUUUCGACGACCGGCGUCCAGUCGACGUCGGGCUGGGCGCAACUUUGGCGCACAUGCGCGGCGAAGAUGAGCCAGAUGAAGCUACGGAAGGCUGGACAGUUGUCGGCAAGAGAAGAAAGCAGCACAAUUCACGUGACUCUGCAUCACCCUCACCCUCUCCCACCCAAGAUGCCUCGGUCGUGCACAAGGACGACGGCCUGUCCAAGGAGCAGCGCAGGAAGGAACGAAAGCUGCAGAGGAGCUAUCCGGCUAUUGAGCACUCGCACCAUGCACGCCUCAAUUCGCAUGUCAAGAUCACAGACCUGCAGGCGCUGGUGCUAUAUCUGCUUGCUGACGGAACAGCGCCUCAGUGGGUUUCUGUGCGAAGCCGUGCAAACAUCCAGCAGGUUGUUAUGCUCAUGGUCCCGGGUUUGGACGUGGGCAUGUUUAACGGACAGGUUGACCUGGAAGCCGCCUCACAACCCGGACAAGUCGCCCAAGGAGACGAGGCCACCGAGUCCCAGCCAAAGCGGCUGUCCAUCUCGUCCAGCGACUUCUACCCGGCCAGUCUGAAGCCUGAACGGCUGCCUGCACCACUGAAGCCUCUAUCCGACAUUUUCGAGCACGUGUGGCCCAUCAAAGCCAUUGGAGAACACCGCAACAACCAGUACAUGCGCCUCCAUUCGCCCAUCCACACCAUGCUCACCUCGCAGAUUCCAAAGACGCAAGAAGAAAAGCAAAUGAAGAGAACCGGCAACCACAAGGGGCCCAUGCCACAGAACUCAAGUCAUUGGCAGAACAAGCGCACACGCAUUACCGAGUAUAUCGCCACACUCAUGGAGCAACAGGAGAACGAAUAUGUACUGCAUCCAGCCAUGUUCACGACGCUCGAAUCCAAGGAGGCUAACCAAGAGAGGAGGAAACUCGCCAACCAGACUGCAGAUGACGGUUGGGUGGAUAGCCAUGUCGCAAAUCUAGACGAAGGACAAGUACCCGAAGAAGAGAUAGAGCAAGGCAGUCUGAGUGCUGGGAGACAGAUCCUCUCCAUGGACUGUGAAAUGUGCAAAGCCGAGAACGAUGAGCUUGUGCUUACGCGCAUCAGUCUAAUGGAUUGGGACGGCAACGUAGUCUUGGAUAAGCUUGUCAAGCCCGAGAUUGGCAUCAAGGACCAUCUAACGCAGUGGUCGGGUAUUACAGCGGCCAUGCUUCAGGAUGUCACAACGACACUUGCCGACAUACAAGAGGAGCUAUUAGCGCUCAUUACUCCGCGGACAAUCCUUGUGGGACAUUCGCUAAACUCCGAUCUCAAUGCACUCAAGCUGACUCAUCCCUUUAUCGUCGACACGGGUAUUCUCUAUCCACAUCCGCGCGGCCCGCCCUACAAGCAGUCGCUGAAAUGGCUUGCGCAGAAGUAUCUCAAGCGCGAAGUGCAGAAAGGGUCACAGGGCCACGACAGUGUAGAAGACGCUCGAACAUGUCUUGAUCUGGUCAAGCAAAAAUGUGAAAAGGGCCCGAGGUGGGGCUCGAGUGACACCAACGCCGAGUCGAUCUUUAAAAGACUAGGACGGAGCAUGCGACCAAAGUCAAACGACGCUCAUCGAGCGGGAGCGGUGAUUGACUGGGGUGAUCCGAAUAGAGGCCAUGGUGGUCAAGCUAAAGUUUCGAUAGGAUGCAAAAUGGAUGAUGAAGUGGUCGAAGCUAUUGAUCGGACCUUGAAGGGCCAAGCCGAGGGCAGAGAUGGGACUGCCGACCAGAUUGAUUUUGUCUGGGGCCGUCUGCGGGAACUUGAGCUUGCACGAGGAUGGUGGGAUGAUACCAAGUCAGCAGAUGUCGAGGUGAUUCGAAAAAAUGCGCUUGAGCGAAUGGGCUUCUGUCGACAAGGCGAUGAUGUGGAUGUGGAGCUACAAGGCGCUGAGCUUGGCGAAGCUGUUUCGAGGACGGUUGAGCGGAUCAGCCAGGUUUACAAAUCCCUGCCAUGCUGCACGGCCUUUAUUGUGUACAGUGGGACGGGCGACCCUCGAGACAUUCGACGCCUGCAAGCCAUGAACCAGCAGUACCGGCGUGAGUUUGCAACGAAGAAAUGGGACAAUCUUAGCGUACAAUGGACAGACACGGAGGUGCAGGCAUUGUCCAAGGCAUGCCAGGAUGCACGCAAUGGUGUCGGGUUCAUGGUGGUUAAGUAGAGUACUAGAUAGGAUAUUAUUACGAGAGCAAAGUGUGUGUCUCGUUUUGUGUUUGGCCACGGGCGCCAACGCUAAAGCAUUUGUGAUACGUAUAAUGUCGGCGUGUUUGAGCAAACAGGCAGUUGGGUCCGACAGGUAAUGACGGGUAAUUGAGAAAAGUGUAUGGAAAAGAGCGGAUGCCGAGG